UGGGGCUGUGAGGAGGUUUGGGCCCGCAGGUAUCACCUCCAGCUCGGUGGAGCUCACAUAAAGCUCUCCGGGGCAGGACAGCCCUUGCCGGGGUUGCCGGUGGAUGUCACCGGGUCCCCACACCGGCCGGGGGUUGCCCGGCUGAGCCCGGAGCGCCCAGCGCGGCUGGGCCGGGGCUGCCCCUGACCGGGGGCUCGGAGGAAAAGUCCGGCUCGGUGGUGCUCAUCAAGGUUGUGCGGUUUUGUGUGUGCUUCGUUCAGCACCAGAGCAGCGUCUUUUUCCGUCCUGAAAACUGUGAACCACAGCCCAGAAAGAAGAAACAAUCCUCUUGGUUGAAGAUUUGUCUCUAAGAAAAAGAAAGAAUCCUCUUGAAGUUGAAGAUUUUUCUCUAAGAGCAAGAACAGAGCCAUGCCAGUGCUUUCAGAAGACUCAGGGUUGCACGAAACUUUGGCCCUUUUGACAUCUCAGCUAAGACCUGAUUCAAACCAUAAAGAGGAAAUGGGAUUCCUGAGGGAUGUCUUCAGUGAAAGGAGUCUCAGCUACCUGAUGAAGAUUCAUGAAAAGCUCCGGCAUUAUGAAAGACAGAGCCCAACUCCUGUUUUACACAGUGCAGCAGGAUUAGUUGAAGAUGUAAUAGAAGAGUUGCAGACAGCACCAGUGAAUAAUGAAGAAAAGGAGCUGCUUCAGCUGUUGUCAACACCACAUCUCAGGGCAAUGCUGGUAGUACAUGACACUGUAGCACAGAAGAACUUUGACCCAGCUCUUCCACCUCUGCCUGAUAAUUUUGAUGAUGAUUUUGAUGAGGAAUCAGUGAAAAUUGUUCGGCUAGUGAAAAAUAAAGAACCCUUGGGAGCCACCAUCAGAAGAGAUGAGCACACAGGAGCUGUGAUUGUAGCCAGGAUCAUGAGGGGUGGUGCAGCUGAUCGCAGUGGUCUUGUCCAUGUUGGAGAUGAACUAAGAGAAGUCAAUGGUAUUACUGUGCUUCACAAACGACCAGAAGAAAUAAGUCAGAUUUUGGCUCAGUCUCAAGGGUCAAUAACACUGAAGAUAAUUCCAGCCAUCAAAGAGGAAGAUCGUCUCAAAGACAGCAAGGUGUUCAUGAGGGCACUGUUCUGCUAUAACCCCAGGGAGGACAGAGCCAUCCCCUGCCAGGAGGCCGGGCUGCCCUUCCAGCGGCGCCACGUGCUGGAGGUUGUGAGCCAGGACGAUCCCACGUGGUGGCAGGCCAAGCGUGUUGGGGACACCAACCUCCGAGCGGGCUUGAUCCCCUCCAAACAGUUCCAAGAAAGACGACUGACUUACAGGAGAACAACAGGCACUCUGCAGAAUACCAGAACUCUGAAGAAACCUUUAUAUGAUCAGUCUUCUGACAAAGAAGACUGUGACUGUGAAGGAUAUUUCAAUGGACACUACAUAGCUGGUUUGCGCAGGAGCUUUAGGCUGAGUCGAAAGGAGAAGGAGAGCAAUGGCAAUGAAGGCAAGCAGGCAGAGCAGGCAGAUGGAGCAGAGUUCCUCACAUAUGAAGAAGUCACAAAAUAUCAGCAGCAGCCUGGUGAACAGCAGAGGCUGGUGGUUUUGAUUGGUUGUUUGGGGGCCAGGUUAAGUGAGCUGAAGCAAAAAGUUGUGUCAGAGAACCCCCAGGAGUACGGGGUUGCAGUUCCACACACAACAAGGUCAAGGAAAAGUCACGAGAGAGAAGGAGUGGAAUACAAUUUUGUUUCUAAGCAAUCAUUUGAGACAGAUGUGCAGCAAAACAAAUUUGUGGAACACGGAGAGUACAAAGAGAAUUUGUAUGGCACAAGCCUGGAGGCAAUCCGCUCUGUGAUGGCCAAAAAGAAAGUUUGUCUGGUGGAUGUGGUACCUGAGGCAGUGAAGCACUUGAGGACUCCUGAGUUUAAGCCUUACGUUAUCUUUGUGAAGCCUCACAUUUCAGAAAAGAAAAAACAUGUCUUAAAAUCUCACAUGUCAGAAGAAAUCUCAUCCCCUCUUGAUGAAGAACAGCAGGAAAUUCUCAAUUCAGCAGCAUUCAUUGAAGAGCAGUAUGGCCAUUUAAUUGACACUGUGCUGGUGAAAGAAGAUCUGCAGAGUGCAUGUAAUGAGCUGAAGAGUGUGUUGGAUAAACUGAACAAGGAUUCAUUUUGGGUGCCAGUCAGCUGGGUUAGGUCAUAGCUUGUUACCAUGUUUAAAGGAAAGACUGUAUAAAAAUGUUCUGUAAAUACAUGAAUUAGAAAAGGGGAGUACAUUGAAUUUGCUUCAAAACUGCUGGUCUUACCUAGAAGGCAAUAAAUAAAGAUUGUAUGAGGAAAGACUAACAAAGUCACAGACUGACAUUGCCUUUCUGAGUCAAAUUUUGAAUAGCAGCUGGCAUUUAGAAAUUAAAACUCAGACCAAAUAAGCCAGUGCAGUCUUUUACUGAUAUUUGCAGUGGAAAUUGUGCAUUUUGUUACAGUGGUGUUUCACAGAGGCUCCCACACUUCCAAAGCACUUUGUGCUCAGACACUGACAGGAAGAUUUGUCCUUUGGCCACAAAUUUUUGUGGCUGGAUUGAAAACCUCAGAAUGAAGUCUCCCUUAGGAACAAGCUCCUUCAGCUGGGUGGGAAAUGUUCUUUGGAGAGAGGCUCAACAAGUUCAGCUGGCCAUUGAAACAUGCUUCCCUUCCCACAGAAGCAUUAAUUUCAAAUCCUUAAUUAGGCACUAAAAACUGGGCCAGCUAUAGGAGGGGUUUUUAUGUCCAUCACAUUUUCCUGUACUCCAAAUUAUCUUGCACAGCUCACGGGUAUUGUCUGCUCAUCCACAACUUACACUCACUUUCCCAGUUACAAAAGCUGAACAACCUCUGAGGGUACCUUUAAUUAAAUUAAAGCAAAUUUAAUUCAAUCCUAAAACACAGAUUUUUAUAGUGUACAUCAAAACAACUGCAAAUGGUUCUAAAACAGGAGAGUUGAGAAGCUUUGGUUCUGCAAAAUAUCUGUGCUACCUGGUGGGCCACAGCCUUGACACCAAUGGGACAGCUCCAAAAAGGGCACUCAAAGGAGGAGCCACAGGUCAAAAUCAUCAUCCUUCCAGCAUUUAUGUAAAAAAAGGAGCCACAGGUCAAAAUCUUCAUCCUUCCAGCAUUUAUGUACUAAAAAGAGGAGGUACAGGUCAAAAUCUUCAUCCUUCCAGCAUUUAUGUAAAAGGAGGAGCCACAGGUCAAAAUCUUCAUCCUUCCAGCAUUUAUGUAAAAGGAGGAGCCACAGGUCAAAAUCUUCAUCCUUCCAGCAUUUGUGACCACUUCUGUCCCAAAUCUGGUAAAGGUUUCCAGAGCAUCUAAUUGGCCUGAAGAAGCAAACUCUUAAAGGACCUUGUAAAUAUUUGAGACUUGAAUAUAGAGUAUUUUUGAGUGGUCUUAGGAAGAGGCAGAGAUGAUUCUGGAAGUAGCUGUGCUUUAUCCCAGGGGGUGUCGGAUCUCAGGAUCUCAGUCCUGAGGUGCUGAGCCACCGAGACCACCUUGGGGGGCUCGGGAGUCCUGGAAUGUUCCAGAAGUGUCUGGUGGCUGCACUUUGACCCUACACAGGAUGAGGACAGGAGGGUUUCACCGGGGUGAAUGGUGAAGGGAUUGGUUAAUUAGAGGGUGAGACACAGGGUUUAGGAUUUCUGUACAGGGGGGUUUAGAGAAGUAAGAUGGAGGAAUUGGGGCGUGUCCUGUCCUUCUUCUUCUUCUUCUUCUCCUCCAUCUUCUUUGGCCAUGGUGGCACUUUUGGAUUGGUUAUUACUGAAAGUGCACCCAGCAAUAUGAAUAAAUGGUAUUGGGGGAAAAUGAUAAAUAUUGUACACGUAACCAUGGGUAUAAAGAUAGGUGGCUUUACAGAGGGCGGCACAGUGUGCUCAUGGCUGGCUGCUGAGCAGAGCUCUGUCGGGCCGAAAGAAAAUCUUUUAGAUAAACAAUUAAUA